CUUACAUCUCUGCUUGCAAAUGACAAUGCAGUGAAACCCAGGGAAGGAAAAAAAAAUGACUUCUUUGCCUGGUGAAAACCUAGUAAGUAGUUAGCCUGACCCAGUUUUCAAUAAGAGAGAUUUUCUGAUGACCCAACAGAAGUGACUAUCUCUAGUCAGAGACAGGGAGGGGUGAAUUUCAUCUGUCAUGCCACUGGAAUGGCAGCCGCUCCCGGCUCUCUCCCAUUCUGGGAAGGAUGAGGAAGAUGGGGCUGGCUUCUCCAUGGAGGCAGAGUUUUCCUUGUGACUAUUCCAGGCGGCAGCGUGGCACAUGAGCCUCCAGAAGGAAUUGUCUGGGUUCCAUCAGGAAUGCAGCAGGAGAGCAGCGUGUCUGGGGCUUAAGACCAGAGAAGAGGCACGCACUACUCGCUGGGGAAAGGCUGCGGCCCCGCGGGAGAGAGUCCCAUUAUUACCUCCCAGCUGCACGGACAUUCCACGCGGCCGGGUCUGCCUGGAUGCACGGCGUGACUGGCUGAGAGCUGGAGCCUGGGUUCUGCAGAAAAGCCGUCAGGAUCCGGGGACAUUUCCCGGGGAAGAUGUGUAAGGACAAAGCUGUGCUGUCUGCAGCAGUGAGAGUGUCCCCGGCAGGCUGCAGCAAUUCUGCCUUCCCAGGUCUUCCCAUCAGCAUAACAGACUCUUGAGAGACUGACUGGAAGAUAGACUUUUCUUUGCUGCUGAUUGUAUGGGAGAAACUUUGACUUUAGAAAGUGGAAAUGAGGUUGCUAUGGAAACUGGUAAUUCUGCUGCCACUCAUAAAUACUUCUGCAGGUGACAGUCGUCUGAGCCGACCCAUCUUUACCCAGGAGCCCCACGAUGUCACUUUUCCUCUGGAUUUAUCACAAUCUGAAAUCACGCUGAACUGUGCUGCAAACGGUUACCCGUCAUCCCAUUACAGGUGGAGGCACAAUGGCACAGACAUUGACUUUGCCAUCAGUUAUCACUACAGGCUGGAUGGAGGCAACUUGGUGAUCAGCAGCCCCCACACAGACCAAGACGUUGGCACAUACCAGUGCCUGGCCACCAACCCUCUGGGGACGAUCCUGAGCCAGAAGGCAAAGCUCCAGUUUGCAUAUAUUGAAGACUUUGAAACCAGAACAAGGAGCACGGUGUCUGUCCGAGAAGGUCAAGGUGUGGUGCUCCUCUGUGGCCCCCCGCCCCACUUUGGAGCUUUAUCUUAUGCAUGGACCUUCAAUGAUAACCCUUUGUAUGUCCAGGAGGACAACAGGCGGUUUGUAUCCCAGGACACAGGAAACUUGUACAUUGCCAAAGUGGAACCAUCAGAUGUGGGCAACUACACUUGCUUUGUAACCAACAAGGAAGCCCAGAGAAGCGUUCAAGGGCCACCCACGCCGUUAGUGCAGCGCCCUGAUGGUGUGAUGGGGGAAUAUGAGCCAAAGAUUGAAGUGCGUUUUCCUGAAACUAUACAAGCUGCAAAGGAUUCAUCUGUAAAACUGGAAUGCUUUGCCCUUGGAAAUCCAGUCCCUGAGAUUAGUUGGAGGAGGUUGGAUGGAAGCCUCUUGCCAGGGAAAGUCAAGUACAGCAAAUCCCAGGCUACCCUUGAAAUCCCGAACUUUCAACAGGAAGAUGAAGGCUUCUACGAAUGCACUGCAGGCAACCUUCGAGGAAGAAACCUGGCAAAGGGUCAACUCAUUUUCUAUGCCCCUCCAGAAUGGGAGCGAAAAAUCCAGAACACAUACCUGUCUAUCUAUGACAGCCUGUUUUGGGAAUGCAAGGCUAGUGGGAAACCACACCCUUGGUACACAUGGUUGAAAAACGGUGAGCGCCUUAGCCCAGAGGAAAGAAUUCAAAUAGAAAAUGGGACACUUAUCAUAACUAUGCUGAAUGUGUCAGAUUCUGGUGUCUACCAGUGUGCUGCUGAAAACAAAUAUCAGAUAAUUUAUGCAAAUGCAGAAUUGAGAGUAUUAGCCUCAGCUCCUGAUUUCUCCAAAAAUCCCAUUAAGAAAAAUUCAGUUGUUCAAGUCGGUGGGAACAUUGCUAUCGAAUGCAAACCAAACGCUUUCCCCAAGGCAGCUGUCACCUGGAAAAGAGGAACGGAUAGCCUGAGACAGAGCAGAAGAGUGUUUCUCUUGGACGAUGGCAGCCUUAAGAUAGAAAACGUGAGCAGGUCAGAUGCGGGAUCCUACACUUGCAUCGCUACGAAUCAGUUUGGUGUCGCGAGGAACACCGGCAGCCUGGUGGUCAAAGAACGGACUGUUAUUACUGUUCCACCUUCCGAGAUGGACGUUACAGUGGGAGAGAGUAUCGUCCUACCUUGCCAGGUGUCCCGCGACCCCUCCGUUGAAGUUGCAUUUGUGUGGUCUUUCAAUGGACACAUCAUAGACUUAAGAAAAGGAGUGGCUCAUUUUGAACGGAUCGGAGGAGAAUCUGUUGGAGAUUUGAUGAUAAGGAAUAUUCAGUUAAGUCAUUCAGGAAAAUACCUAUGCAUGGUACAAACAACUCUAGAAAGUUUAUCUGCUGUAGCUGAUAUCAUUGUUAGAGGUCCCCCAGGUCCCCCGGAGGAUGUCAGAGUGGAUCACAUCUCCAGUACCACUUCGCAACUAAGCUGGAGACCAGGCUCGGAUAAUAACAGCCCCAUUCAAAUAUUUACUAUUCAGGCUCGGACACCAUUUUCUGUGGGUUGGCAGGCUGUUUCUACAAUUCCAGAAAUUCUCAGUGGUAAGACGUACAAUGCCACAGUGGUUGGCCUGAGCCCUUGGGUGGAGUAUGAGUUCCGUGUCGUUGCUGGGAACAGCGUUGGAAUUGGAGAACCAAGUAAACCAUCAGAAUUGCUAAGAACCAGAGCAUCAGUCCCUGUCGUGGCACCAACAAACAUCCAUGGAGGUGGAGGAAGUCGGUUUGAACUCGUCAUCACGUGGGAGCCCGUGCCAGAAGAGCUGCAGAAUGGAGGGGAGUUUGGGUACCUGGUCAUGUUACGGCCAGUUGGCUCAGCAACCUGGACCAAGGAAAGAGUGCCUUCUGUAGACUCAUCCAGAUUCGUUUACAGAAACGAAAGCAUCAUGCCCCUGUCUCCCUUUGAAGUCAAAGUGGGGGUGUACAACACGGAAGGAGAAGGGGCCCUCAGCGCCAUGUCUGUCAUCCACUCGGGGGAAGACGAACCUCAGCUGGCCCCCAGGGGAACUUCUGUCCAAAGUUUUUCUGCCUCGGAAAUGGAGGUCUCAUGGAACGCUAUAGCCUGGAACCAAAACACCGGGAGGGUGCUGGGCUAUGAGGUCUUAUACUGGACAGAUGACUCCAGAGAACCCAUGAUCGGGAAGAUCAGAGUCAGUGGAAAUGUCACAACCAAGACCAUCACGGGGCUGAAAGCGAACACCAUUUACUUUGCCUCCGUCAGAGCUUACAACACUGGCGGAACAGGGCCCUCAAGCCCCCCAGUCAAUGUCACCACCAAAAAGUCUCCUCCGAGCCAACCUCCAGCUAACAUUGCCUGGAAGCUGACAAACUCUAAAUUAUGUCUGAACUGGGAGCAUGUAAAAACCAUGGAAAAUGAGUCUGAAGUGCUGGGCUACAAGAUUCUGUACCGGCAAAACAGACAGAGUAAAACUCAUGUUUUGGAAACUAACAAUACAUCGGCUGAGCUCCUGGUCCCGUUUGAGGAGGACUACCUGAUUGAAAUAAGAACAGUUAGUGAUGGUGGGGAUGGAAGCAGCAGUGAGGAGAUUAGGAUUCCAAAAAUGUCAAGUUUGAGUUCCAGAGGAGUCCCAGUCUUAGAACCUAGCAUCCAUUUCCUGUUGCUAUUUUUACUGUUUGGCUAUUUUUACUGUUUUGCUAUUCCGCCCCUUAUACAAUGAAUAAAACCAUAAAUCUUUGAGAGUAUUUUGAAAGCAAGUCCUUCUUGUAAAUAAGCUCUCCAACCCCCAUCACAAGAUACAUUCUUAAUACUGACUUGUUAGGAAAGACAAAAAAAAAACAAUGUAUAUUAUUAAAAUCUUGUAAAUAUCUAUGAUACAUUAAUAAAAGAAUUUUAAAAACUUUUGAAUUUUAAAGUUUGCACAUAACACACAUUCAGAAGGUGCCAAAUUAAUCCACGGAGCUGUAAG